CCUCCACUUUCACUCAGAUUACAGAUCACAUCUUGGUAGUAAGAAUAAGCGUUCUACCCCAUUUACCGAAACAUCCCCUUCCCCGCAAACUGAAAUGGAAUACCUCUCGUGUCAAAACUCAAACCAGCAUCCCGCUUGCCAAAUCUAUAAGCUUUCCAUCUUCAACCCCAGUGCUCUCUCAACUCUGUUGAGUGGUAACCCACUUCCCCACUCUGCUGAUCUAUGAUUCCAAUUCCCGUUCGCCGUUCAAACCCCCCUCUAAAGUUUUGAUCUUUGUCUCUUGGGGUCGGUAUCUCCUCUCACUCCCUUGCAGCUUCGUGUUGACUGUCAGUUGGGGUUUCCCUUGAUUGCCCCUUUUCAAGUUCUUGUGAACUCAAGAUGGCUCACGAAUGGAGAAGAGGGUUAAGUUUGCUGAUCUGAGAUGGCUCACGGUUUGAGCCCCAGUUCUUCUUCUGACCAAAUGCUUGCAUUGUGCAAAAGGGGUUUCUUUGGGUGGAAGGGCAUUGUGAAGACCCAUCUUGGGUUGAAAACGUUUCAGUCCUUCAAUGGAGUUUUAGCAGUUGGCUCAUCCUUGUCUUUCCUUUUAGUCCUGGCUUGUGCCUACUCGCUUCUCUCUCCUAGGGUUCCGCAGCAGGCUGAUGUAGCUACUAGCUACGGGCUUCCCAUAUCCAAUUCCUCAUCAGUUACUGACUGCAAUCUGUUUGAAGGAAGCUGGAUCCAGGAUCAGGGUUACUACCCUUUGUACAAUUCCUCCAUCUGCCCUUUUGCAGAGCAAGGGUUUGAUUGUUUGGCUAAUGGGAGGAGAGAUCAGGGUUAUUUGAAGUGGAGGUGGAAGCCCAAGGAUUGUACCAUCCCGAUCUUCAAUGCUCGCCUAGUGCUCGAGAAAAUGCGUGGCAAGCGAAUUGUUUUUGUGGGCGACUCGCUAAGUCGAACACAGUGGGAGUCUCUGGUCUGUAUGCUCAUGACUGGUGUGGAUGAUAAGAGGGAUGUUUAUGAAGUCAAUGGGAACACGAUUACUAAAAGGAUUAGGUUUCUGGGCAUAAGGUUCAGCUCAUACAAUCUGAGAGUUGAUUUCUAUCGAUCGGUUUUCUUGGUCCAGACUGGUUCUGUGCCUAAAAGGGCACCGAAGAGGGUUAAGUCGACUCUGAAGCUUGACAAGAUGGAUGAUAUCAGCAAUGAGUGGAUUGAUUCAGAUGUUCUGAUCUUUAACUCAGGUCACUGGUGGACUCCUAGUAAGCUUUUCGAAAUGACAGGGGUUGUUAUUUUCAAGUAGGUGGAUCUCUGAAGCUUGGGAUGCCUAUAAAUACAGGAUUCAAAAUGGCAUUGGAGACUUGGGCAUCCUGGGCUGCAAGUAAUCUCAACACCAAAAGAACAACUGUAUUCUUCCGGACUUUCGAAUCUUCACAUUGGAGUGGCAAGAACUUUGCUUACUGCAAGGUAACUCAGAACCCUUUGAUUACAACAAGAGGGAAGGAGAGGAAUGCAUUGUCUGACAUCAUAUUGAGGGCCGUGAAGAAAGUGGCACCGGUUCCUGUAACCGUACUGCACGUGACGCCAAUGUGUGCAUCUCGUAGCGAUGCUCAUGUGGGUACUUGGAGCGAUAACCCUUCUGUACCCGAUUGCAGCCACUGGUGCCUGCCUGGAGUGCCUGAUACCUGGAAUGAGAUUCUCUUGUCCUACAUUUUGAACAAUGACCACUGAUAGUAUCUUCUUGAUUAACAGGAACAAUGAGUUCCUUAAACCCUAAAUCUGAUGUUGGAAUCAACUUGAUACCUAUUCACUUUUGUUCGUAUAGCUCCCUUGUUUGUACCAUGAAACCGCUUCUGAUGUAAAGUAAUAUGCCCCAACAAGAUUUGGCAUGUGGAGGAAUUUUUUUUUUUUUGGUUGUAUCCUUUUGUCUUCUCUUAGGUUGGUUGAUGAAGACCAAUUUUUAAUGUGGGGUGGAUUUGAAUUCAAGGUUACUACUUCUAGUUGAUGUCUAUAUUUGCUUGAAGUACAGGAAGGCUGAUGCUGUGUGACAGUGAACAGGGUAUUGUUUGUUA